AUGUCUUCCGGUUAUUGCGAUGUCUGUCAGGCCAGCAGGGAAGAAGCGACUGCAUGGGUUUUUCCGUGGUCAAAAGACAGUCACCCUAGCAACCCAAUUUUCUCUGUCCAGUGGAAGCUAUGUGCAGAUGAGGUAUCCGCCUACCGAUCCACCCUGAGUCUUAGGCACGAAGACGAUUCCGUAAAUGCAUCUGGAAGGACGCAAGGCGCGACUGUCUCUUCUGAACCCGAUCCAGCCGCGAGGCCACUGCGCCCGGACUCGGCGCCGAAAGCUUCGUUUCUGGUCGACGAUCUGACGUCUCGCAGGACGGCAUGUACGCGCCUCGGUGAGCUGAGCCUGGGCCCGAAACGCAACGUGGAAGGCGAAAUCGCAUUCUUCGAGAACAGCUACAAUGCAGAUUACAAGGAAAAACAUGUCGAUCGGCCUCCAAAAUAUCAACCCAAGCACACUGCACUGCACUGUUUGACACCAUUCACACAAGUUUCCGUAUACCGUUCCGACUUUGCUUCCCCGUCGUCAGGACGGAGGGAGGAGGGGCGGGUGAAGAUGGAUCAGACGAAGCUUCCAGUUAUUGCAUCUCCGACGAGACCGAAGCCUCGGCAGUUUGGCGAGGCUGCUCGCAAACGGCCGGCUUUGAGUUCAGACACAACCUACCAACUGGCUUACAUGCGCAGGGAGCCGAAACCAGACCCUCUUCCUCGGCAGAUCAGGCAGUUGGCGCACGAAUACAAGAUUGUUAAACAGGCAAGUUGGCCAAACAGGUAA